GUAAAUAAAAAAUAAAAUUCCACUACUAAAUAAAUUGAAAGAAUACUGUAAAACACUAUUUCAAUUAUUCAAAUUUAAAAAACAUUGUGCGCGAUCACAAAUUUUUCGUUUUCAGAAGACGGGAAUGCAGAUGGAGGCUGAAGACCCAACAGCGGCGGUCCUCUUGUGUGAAGUGGUGGUGAUGGAGAUCCUCUCUUGGCUGACGCGGCUGAAGCUUGUGUGCAAGUCAUGGAACUCCAUCAUCUCCGACCCUCACUUCGUCAAACUUCAGCUUCACCGUUCACCCAAAAAUGCCAUCCUCCUCUUUACGCCCCUCGACGAAGAAAAUAAAUGGGGCUUAGUGUUUAGUAGCGUUGAGUCUUUCAUCCAGAAUCCAUCAUCUACUCUUGAUGCUCAAGAGAAUCGCUACUCUCUACACGUAAACGACUGGGUUGUGGGGUAUAUUUCAGAGAACUCGCCGUGCUUACGUGUCAAUAUGCUCAAUGCUCUUGGAUUUGGGUACGAUGAGUCAAGUGGCAGUUACAAGGUACUGGCUAUCAUUUGGGAUUCUUCUGGAACACUGAUUACGCAAGUUUAUAGCUUUGGUGGCAGUUCAUGGAAGAGGAUCAAGAGUUUUCCUGCUUUUCCGUUUUCUUGUCAAGAUAAUGGCUACUUCAUCGGUGGCACUCUUAAUUGGAUAGCUCUCCGUAACCCGCAUGGAGCUGAUUAUGAUUGGUAUGCUGUUACACUUGAUAUGUUAAUGCUUGUUUCUUUUGACCUGAAAUCCGAUACAAGUAAACAGAUUCCGCUUCCAAAGGGUAUCGAUGAGAUCCCCGGUCAAGAGCCAACUCUGGGAGUUUGGGGAAAUAGCCUGUAUCUUCUUCAUGAUUACAACAGCACUCAUUUUAUUGCAUGGCAAAUGAAGGAGUUUGGAGAUGAAAAUUCUUGGACUCAAUUGCUAAAGAUUAGUUUUCACCAUCUCGGUGUUGAAUGCCUAUUUCCAGGAUUUGUACUUGUGAAUGGAAAUGUCUUCAUGUUGAGAGGCAGGCAUGAUUCUGAGGCAGUUUUUUAUGACCGAAGAGAUAAUAGUGUUAAACGCGUUAAUAUCUCCUCCAACACUCAUUACAUCGAUGCAUUUGAUUAUGUUGAGAGCUUGGUUCAGCUUUGUUAAAAUUUGGUUCCUAUUCAAAGUUUUGCUUCUGCAGCUUUUUGUUCUGUCAGCAAAGUUCAGGGUCUGGAAAAUGUGACACCAAUGAUUACAAAGAUAGACCAGAAGAGUGCAAUAGAGCUUGAAUCAUAUGGCUUGGGUACAAGAAUGGUACUUCCUACUAGUAGUAGUUAUAGUGAUUAGAUCUUAGCAUGUUGCAACCGUAAUGUUGAGAACUUUAGAUGAUACAACAUGUGUAGCAUGUUAUUGCAAGCAUAGGAAUGUAAGCAGUGAAGAUUAAGAACCAAAAUUUUAUAGAACUAGAAGCAGUUAUUAGGUGAUAUAUAUGUGUGGUGAUUCCUUUGCCAAUGUUAUUAGUUCCUUUAAAAUAUUUACUUGUUUUCAUGAUUUCCAUGGGUGCUAUCAUAUCUUAUGGUCAACUAGACAUUUUAUGACAAUAUCUUGUUAUAUUGA